AGAAGUCUGCCGAAUCUACCAGAGACACGAGCCAGUUCUCUAUUUAAGUCCAACUACACCCACCGGGCUCCGCCGAUCGAAACCCUUCGCCGGAGACGGAAUUGACGCCGGAUCCCAUCUAUGACGUCUGUGUUCUGCGCCACGAACCACAGCCUCCGCCUCCUUCCACCGCCAUCGAAUGCCUGCCGGAGCCGCUUCUGCAGCAACGCACUCACCCUCCAUGCCUCCUUCAGGUGUCGGGCAUCCGGCAAGACAAUAAGGGCCUUGAGAUGGUCGGACACCCUCGGGAGGAGCGAUCUCUUCCUGUCGAAGAGGGUCGGGCGCUCGGGUAGCGUCUUGAGGUCUGUUGUCAUCAGAUGCGAAGCGCCCAAGGAUGGAAGGAUCACUCAACAAGAAUUCACUGAGAUGGCUUGGCAAGCUAUUGUUUCAUCACCAGAAAUUGCAAAAGAAAGCAAACAUCAAAUAGUGGAGACUGAACAUUUAAUGAAAGCAUUGUUAGAGCAAAAAAAUGGGCUUGCACGUCGAAUAUUUUCCAAGUCAGGAGUUGAUAAUACUAAGCUACUGGAAGCUACUGAUAGAUUCAUCCAGCGUCAGCCUAAGGUCCUGGGCGAAUCUGUUGGUAGUAUGUUAGGUCGAGAUCUUGAAGCUUUAAUUCAGCGAGCCAGGGAAUACAAAAAGGAAUAUGGUGACUCUUUUGUAUCUGUAGAACAUCUUGUACUCGGUUUUGCAGAAGAUCGGCGAUUUGGAAAACAACUCUUCAAGGAUUUUCAGAUUUCAUUGAACAAUUUAAAAUCUGCCCUUCAAGCUAUAAGAGGACGGCAAAAUGUCAUUGACCAAGAUCCUGAGGGUAAAUAUGAAGCAUUAGAAAAAUAUGGCAAAGAUUUGACUGCUAUGGCACGUGAAGGGAAACUUGAUCCAGUCAUUGGAAGGGAUGAUGAAAUUCGUAGGUGCAUUCAGAUCUUAUCAAGGAGAACAAAGAACAAUCCUGUAUUGAUAGGCGAACCUGGUGUUGGAAAGACUGCUAUAUCAGAAGGGUUGGCGCAAAGGAUAGUGCAAGGGGAUGUUCCACAGGCUUUGAUGAACCGCAAGCUGAUUUCUCUUGACAUGGGUGCACUCAUUGCUGGGGCAAAGUAUAGGGGAGAAUUUGAAGAUAGACUAAAAGCUGUUCUGAGAGAAGUGACGGAAUCUGAAGGCCAGAUAGUCCUUUUCAUUGAUGAGAUUCAUACUGUUGUGGGGGCAGGUGCCACAAAUGGGGCCAUGGAUGCAGGUAACCUUUUGAAACCAAUGCUUGGACGUGGAGAACUGCGCUGCAUUGGUGCCACGACUCUUGAUGAGUAUCGCAAGUAUAUUGAGAAAGAUCCAGCUUUGGAGCGUCGUUUUCAGCAAGUUUAUGUUGAUCAGCCUACAGUAGAGGAUACAAUAUCAAUAUUACGUGGAUUGCGUGAGAGAUACGAGCUACAUCAUGGUGUCCGCAUAUCUGAUAGUGCUCUUGUGGAGGCUGCUAUUCUUUCUGACCGCUAUAUAAGUGGCCGGUUUUUGCCAGAUAAAGCUAUUGACUUGGUUGAUGAAGCAGCUGCCAAGCUAAAGAUGGAGAUUACAUCUAAACCAACUGCUCUGGAUGAAAUUAAUCGAUCUGUAUUGAAGUUGGAGAUGGAGCGGCUCUCAUUAACUAAUGAUACUGAUAAAGCUUCAAAAGAUAGGUUGAACCGCCUUGAAACAGAACUGUCACUGUUGAAGGAGAAGCAGGCUGAACUUACUGAGCAGUGGGAACAUGAGAAAGCAGUAAUGACAAGAAUUCAAUCAAUAAAAGAAGAGAUUGAUAGGGUGAAUGUAGAAAUUCAGCAGGCAGAGCGUGAAUAUGAUCUUAAUCGGGCAGCUGAAUUGAAAUACGGAAGCCUUAAUUCUCUACAACGUCAGCUUCAAGAGGCAGAAAAGGACCUAAUUGAGUAUAAAAGUUCAGGCAAAUCAAUGCUUAGAGAAGAGGUAACUGGGAGUGACAUUGCAGAAAUAGUCAGCAAAUGGACUGGCAUUCCUGUAUCUAAGCUGCAACAAUCAGAGAGAGAGAAGCUACUGUUUCUGGAAGAAGAACUCCACAAGCGAGUUGUUGGUCAAGACCCAGCUGUGAAAGCUGUUGCUGAGGCUAUUCAACGGUCCAGAGCUGGUCUCUCAGAUCCCAACCGACCAAUCGCUAGUUUCAUGUUCAUGGGUCCGACUGGAGUGGGCAAGACAGAAUUGGCAAAAGCACUUGCUUCUUAUAUGUUCAACACUGAAGAAGCUUUAGUUAGAAUAGACAUGAGCGAGUACAUGGAAAAGCAUGCAGUGUCAAGAUUGAUUGGAGCCCCACCAGGCUAUGUUGGAUACGAGGAAGGGGGACAGUUGACUGAGACUGUUCGCAGAAGGCCUUAUGCAGUUAUAUUGUUUGACGAGAUCGAGAAGGCACAUUCUGAUGUGUUCAAUGUUUUCCUUCAGAUUCUGGACGAUGGUAGAGUGACUGAUUCACAGGGCCGGACAGUGAGUUUCACAAACACAGUUAUAAUUAUGACAUCUAAUGUUGGUUCCCAAUACAUAUUAAAUAUGAACGAUGAAUUAGAAUCGAGGGAUUCCACAUAUGAGGCUAUCAAACAGAGAGUGAUGGAUGCUGCUAGGUCAAUCUUUCGGCCUGAAUUCAUGAAUCGUGUUGAUGAGUAUAUUGUUUUCCAGCCCUUGGAUCGCGAGCAAAUAAACAGUAUUGUGAAGUUACAGUUGGAAAGAGUGCAAAAGCGGGUUGCAGAUCGAAAGAUCAAAAUUCAGGUGACUGAUGCCGCCGUGGAGUUUCUUGGAAGCCUUGGGUACGAUCCCAACUAUGGUGCAAGGCCAGUGAAGCGUGUUAUUCAGCAGAACGUGGAGAACGAACUGGCAAAGGGCAUUCUGAGGGGAGACUUCAAGGAUGAGGAUAGUAUCUUGGUGGACACUGAAGUCACAGUUUUCUCCAAUGGUCAGCUUCCUUUGCAAAAGUUAGUGUUUCGUAAGAUAGACGAUGCAGAUGCUUCUUCGGAUGCGUCUUCAUCUGAGGGCCAGGAGGCCUUCUUGCCUAGUUGACGCGGAUGCUUUUCUUCCUAGGCAUAAUGCAAAGAGCUAAACCCAAAUGGUUGAUGUUUCAUGAACGAUAUUGUUCAUAUUGUAUAGAAUAGCCUGUUUCUCUAGGUUAUUUAAGGAUAAUAAAAAUUGGGUGGAGCAAUAAAAUUUUCAGUGAAUAUCAGAGGAUUUAAUAUUAAAAGAGUUAA